AUGGAGAGAGUAUUCAAGAAGUUACAUUGCACAGAAGAACUCAAGUUUGAAUACUCUGUUUCUUUACUAUAUGGGGAUGCAUAUGAGUGGUGGAAGACCAUCCCCCAUAGUUUAGUGGAGCCCUCUGUUCUGACCUGGUCAGAUUUUCUGAGGGAAUUUAGACAGAAAUGGGUCCCUAAUGCCUAUGUUGACAUGAAAUUGCAAGAGUUUUUUAGCUUGAAGCAAGGGAAUAAAUCUGUGGCUGAGUAUGACAGAGACUUCUCCAGAUUAAGUCAUUAUGUGUGGUACCUGUUUACCACCACCAGAGAUCGAUGUAAGCAGUUUGAAGCUGGUCUGAAGCCCAGUUUGAGGAUGCAAGUAGUGGGAUUCAGACAUGAAAACUUCUCUGAGCUAAUAUCUGAAGCAUUGGAAUUGGAAAGAAUUGAAUUGGAAGGGGCAUCGAAAAAGGGUUUAGAAGAGAAAGAGAAAACUGGGAAGACUACUGAUCAAGUUCCUAAUAGUGGGUUAAGAAAGAGAAAACACUUUAGAGGAUCUAGCUCACGCAAGUCUAGUAGAGGUAGAUCCUCAGGAUAG